AAUGGGGGAACUUGAAGCCCUUCAAAAAGAACUAAACGAAGUUUUAAAAAAAUUUCCAAUGUUUGAAGGAAUAUUACAAGUAGUUGACAGAGUUGGAGUCGGCAAUGAAUUAAAUUUGUGCCGGAAUGAAUUAAACGCGUUUGAUGAUUCUAAUAAUACUGAUUCAGCAUAUGGUAGUAGGAGUCCAUCACCUAUAAUGACUAAUAUAGAAGAAAAGCAUGGGAUAAAACGUAAACUCGUGGAUGAUGAUGUUUUUAAAGGUAUAAAAGAUGUCGCUAUAAAAAAGAUAAUUAUUAAUUAUUCGGUCGAAAGAGUUGCGGAGGAAAUUUCAAUUUUACGUGAAUUAAGAGGAUAUAAUAGUAUCAUUCAGCUUUUGUCAGCUCAUAGAUAUGAAGAUGAAGUGAUUCUCAUUACUCCACACUUCGAGCAUGAUAGAUUUAGAGAUUUUUAUCAAAAAAUGACAAUUGAAGAUAUCAAAUCGUACUUUCGGUCACUUUUUGAAGCGUUAAGGGAUACACAUUCUCAUAAUAUUGUUCAUAGAGAUGUGAAGCCGGGUAAUUUUCUUUAUAACGUGAAAGAAAAGAAAGGAAUCUUAGUGGACUUUGGCCUGGCAGAGAGGUUGGGUACUUCUAAAUCCUACCACGAUAAAGGACAUGAUGUUCCCAAUGUAGGAACAAUCCAAGUUAUUAACCGUUUUCCUUCGGUAGUUGGUCAAAUUUCGAUCGAGCCUUCUCAAUCAAACAAACCUGCAGUAAAACGAAUUCGUACAUUGGCAUCUUCGAAAAAGUUGACCAAACAGCAAAUGAUUGAAGAAUUGUGGACGAAAAGAGGAUUCAUUGAUUUGGACCUGAAGGGUUAUGAGAAUAAACCUGGAUGGAAAGCAAAUAGAGCAGGUACAAGAGGUUUCCGUGCGCCAGAAGUUUUAUUUAGAGUUGAAAAUCAAACCAACGCAAUCGACAUUUGGUCAGCGGGUGUCAUCCUGAUCACCAUAUUAUCACACCAUUAUCCAUUUUUCAAAUCAACUGAUGAUGCAGAUGCAUUUUAUGAAUUAGGAAUCUUAUUUGGGAAAAAGUUGAUGCAUGAUUUAGCAACAGAACAUGAAAGGUACUUCCGAACUGAUAUUCCGCUGAUAUAUGAUCCAGGGCUGCGAUUUGAUAAACUUCUACAUACGAUGAGACGAGAUUUGUUUCCUAAAGAUAAUAAACAAUUGCUAAAUGAAGUUUAUAAUGCUAUUGAUUUGUUGAACAGAUGUCUUGAACCAUAUCCAA